AUGGAUGCCCAGACACAUCCUCAGAUACACGGGAAAGAGAUGAACAUCGAAAGGUGCACCUCGAGCUACUGCCUUGGGGGUCUGACUGCUAAGAAAAAGGAGCCAGAGGGGUGGUCUUGUGCCAUCUGCCUUCCCAGAACCCGAACCUCUCCAGGACCCCCUAAUAGAGGGCCUUUGGUGAGCCCGGAGCCUCCACCGACCACUGGUGCGAAGGGCACGAAGAUCUUGCUAUACAGAGCGGAGGUCCUACAGGUGAGCGCGUGCCCGCUGCGCACGGAGGGCCCCGCGGGGAGGGAGGCUGCGCUGGGAGCUGCUGCUCUAGGUGCCCCCAGAAGAACCUGGGCCUUGCGGGUGAGAGCCCCGAGAGAACGCGUCAGCCCGGGUGUGCUCUCCACGGUCCACGGGGGGCCAGGACCUUCUUCAGUCCCGUGGGGCUCCAGGUCGCGGGGAGGUGUCCCGGAGUCGUCCCCGGCCCCGCCCCCGAGGCUCCGCCCCGCGCCCGCCUCCCCAGCUGCCCCUAGGGCGAAGCCAGCCGCGCACGGCCAGUCGCGGCCUGUAGCUGCGGAGCUCCGAUCCUCUCCGCCCGGCCCUCUCUCACCCAGCGCACUCCUCUGGGACAGGGAGCCGGCCCCCGACGCGCAGGAGGCGCGCACUGUGCGCGAGGCGCUGGCCCGCUGGGAGGCGGCGCUGGAGGGCGCGGUGCGCGCGCAGCACGAGGACUUGCAGGGGCUGCACGGCGUGGAGCGGCGGGUGGCGGAGACACUGCGCCUAGCCAGUCCGCUGGCGCGCAAGGUGGCUGAGCUGCAGCGGGACAACCAGUGGCUGCGGGAGCAGCUCGAGCGCCUGACGCGCCAGGUGGAGGCGCUGGGCUUGGCCAGCGGGAUGUCCCCGGCGCCCGGCACCCCGGGCACCCCGGCACGCCCAGCCACCCCGCCCGCGCCCGGGGUCCGGGACCGCGCGCCUCUCCUGGGCAGCGCGCGCUUCGCCAGCCACACCACCUUCUCGCUGUCGGGCCGCGGCCAGAGUCUGGAUCAUGAUGAGGCCAGUGAGUCAGGGAUGAAAAAGGCCUUAAACUCCUGCAUCAUGGAAAAUGGGCACCAGCUGGGGGCAGGUCCAGGUGAUGGUCCCCCUGAGGUUUCCCAAACCUUCCAGGCACCAGAUCCCCCCAGGCCUCGCCCCAUGAGUCUCUCCUUGCAGCUGCCCCACCAGCCAGUCAUGGCUGUCACCCGAGUCUCUGACAGGUUCUCUGGGGAGACCUCAGCUGCGGCUCUAUCACCAUCUGCUGCCACCCUGGGGGGCCUCAACCUGAGCCCCAGCGAGGCCACCACGCCCUGGACUCCCAGUCCUAGUGAGAAGAGUUCCUCUUUCACAAGGUCUAUGUCAAGCUCUGGCCAUGGGGCAGUGACAGCCAGCAAACACAGCAGCAGCCCACCGCUGGUGACACCACCCCGGUCGCCCAUAUCCCGGCAGCUGCCAGCCACAACUCAAGUCCAUCAGCCAGGGGAGCAUCACAGGAAGCUGGUGAGGUAGCAGAUGCUGCCCCACACCUCGGGGGCGCAGGCCCGGAAGGCAUUGUUUGAGAAGUGGGAGCAGAAGAUGGUAGGCAAGGGGAAAGGCAAGACCCAGACCUGGCUGAAGCAAUCGCAGAGCUUCAGCGUAGCCAGCACCAGUGGCGUCAAGCAGAUCCUGCUCGAGUGGUGCCACAGCAAGAUGCUGGGCUACCAACACGUGGACCUGCAGAACUUCUCCAGCUGGAGUGACGGCACAGCCUUCUGCGCCCUGGUGCACACCUUCUUUCCUGAUGCCUUUGACUACAACUCCCUGAGCCCCACGCAGUGGCAGAAGAACUUCAAGCUGGCCUUCACCAUGGCUGAGUGAGUGUGGUGGCUCCUGCUGGCUGCCAGCCCCAGCCCAGUCCUGAGGCCAACUGUUUCCCCAGAUGGGGCAUGGGACGAGUGGAACAUGGUGCAGCUGUCUACAAAGCUGAAGGACCCCAGGGCCAUGUGGUCUGUUUACCUCUUGAGCAGAUGGGAAGACUGAGGCCUG